UGUUCCUGCCUCUCCGAGUCGCGAGUUUUGUUGUGCGGAAGUAUAAAAAUUCGAUACAAGCCAUCGAAAAGUGGGCCAUUCGGGCGGUGUCCUGCCAGGACCUGCACUAGUGUGAGCGAGCACUGCACUUUGGCGGAAGAGAGAGAGAGUUUAAAUAUAGCUGACCUUUCUGUCGAGGCCAAGAUAGCGAACCUGUCGACCGGAGUAUCGACCAGUCCCGCCUCGGGACUGGGAAUCGUGGGCAUCCUGCCCUGCUCGCUCCAUUGGCAGCCGCCGGGCAAGGCGCCCAAGUUGCUGAGUUACUCCUCCGGUGCCCGUGCAACCAGUCAGCCCUAUGCGAUGUCCGCCUCCGGGAACAGUUGCUGCAGCACCAGGACACCAGGUUGCUGCCAGGACUGCAGUGGCUACCAGCAGGAGUACGAGCACUUGCCUGUUCCGCGUCUGCAGCACCAACAGCCGCCACCGCCGCUCUACCAAAAUCAACAGCAGAAGCAGGAGCAUCAACAAGGCAGCUGCCUUACCACCUUGCAGCAGACAACCACAGCUUCAUCCAACUGUUCAUACGGCAAUUGUCUGAUGCCAACAACUGCAACUACGAGCACUUAUGUGAGCAAUAUUGGAACAGAGCAGCCGCUGUUGACUAUGCAACAUUGUCAUUCUCAUUGCAACAUGCAACAUUGCAACAGCACCUGCGGCAGCAACAAGGCACCUGCUAUUUACAAUAACAUACCUGCCCAGUCGAUGAUCUUUGUACCCGUGAUGUUGCCCAUGCAACAGCAACAUCCCCAACAGCAGCAGCAUCAUUUGCAUACGCAACCUCCUCUGCCACCGCCGGAGGAUUGCAAGCCAUUGUUGCUGGCCAAGAGCGUACCACCGCCGCCACAGCCACCGCCUAUGCUCACCCACUUCCAGGCGAUGAUGCAACCACCACCACUACCACCUUCACCGAUGAUGCCUCCACAACGUUUUCCCAGCAGGACUCCUACCACGCCCCCCCUGCCGGGUACCUACCGCGUUCAGAGCCUCAAAUCCGCGGCUGCUGCGGCGGUCAGUGAUUACCAGCGGAAUGGCAAAUUGCCCAGGAACCUGCCCGCCCUGCGUGCCAUGGAAAUGGCGUUGCGUACCAACUCCUUUGCCACGCCCCCUCCACCGCUCCCUGUCCCACUACCACCGCCUCACGCAGCAAGGACCGAAGGAGGCGGACAGGACAUGGAGGACUCUGACGAGGAAAUGGAGUACAUGCCGCCGCUGCACAAACAAUUCCACAUCUUUGUCGGCGACUUGAGCUCAGAAAUUGAAACUCAGCAAUUGCGCGAAGCAUUCACACCAUUCGGCGAAAUCUCCGACUGUCGCGUGGUGCGCGAUCCACAAACCUUGAAGUCGAAGGGCUAUGGCUUUGUGUCCUUCAUCAAGAAAUCGGAAGCCGAAAGCGCCAUUACGGCCAUGAAUGGCCAGUGGCUUGGCUCCCGCUCAAUUCGCACGAAUUGGGCCACACGGAAACCGCCGGCGAGUAAAGAGAACAUCAAGCCGUUGACCUUCGACGAGGUCUACAAUCAGAGCAGUCCCUCCAAUUGCACCGUUUACGUGGGCGGCGUCAACAGCGCCCUCACCGCCCUCAGCGAGGAGGUCCUCCAGAAGACCUUCGCCCCCUACGGCGCGAUACAGGAGAUUCGCGUCUUCAAGGACAAGGGAUACGCUUUCGUGCGCUUCUCCACCAAGGAGGCGGCCACCCACGCCAUCGUGGGCGUACACAACACCGAGAUCAACGCCCAGCCGGUGAAGUGCUCGUGGGGCAAGGAGAGUGGUGACCCCAACAAUGCGCAGACCAUCGCCACCCAGGCGCUGAACAGUGCCGCCGCCGCUGCCGCCGGUUUCCCGUACGGAGUGGGCGCGGCUGCCGCCGCCGCCGCCUACGGACAGCAGCUGGCCGCCACGGGCUGCUGGUACUCGCCCACGCCCACCUACCCGGCCUCCUCGGCCACCGCCGCAGCGGUGACCCCAGCGGCGGCCAGUGCAGCCGCCGUGCAGAACCAGUUCCUGCAGGGCAUCCAGGGCUAUCACUUCGGCCAGUACGGCGGAUAUCAGCAGGGAUACAUGGGCAUGGGAGUGCAGAUUCCGGCCACCUGGCAAGGCGUCACCCAGGCGCAGAUCUCACCUGCCCAGCAGCUGGCAACGGGCGUGGCCGGCACCGCCAUUCCGCAGGCCGCCGGCGUGGUGGCCUAUCCGAUACAGCAGUUCCAAGUGAGCCCCCAGGUUUAUCCUCUACUCUUGCAGGCACAGUAAACGCCAAAAGCCAAAAACCGAAAAUCCAAGCAAAAUUUUUAAGUACAGCCGCAAUUUUCUGAACAGAAACAAAACCAAACUGAGCUGUAAAUAAAAUGCGAAGCGCAGAACACACAAAUUACAAAACAAUUGAUGGCAUCUUGAAGUUUGGCGAUUUUAGAGAGCUGCACCCCAGAAACAAAAAGCAAGCGCGAAUGCAAAAUCCGAAAUCCCACACCCACAUAAAUAUAUAUAUAUCUUUAUAUAUAUAUAUAAAACUAGAGCAUAAUUAUCUGUCAACGCCCGUUGAAAAAGCUUCGCGGGAAGCAAACAAUUAUUAUGUAUAUGCAAACAAAAAAAAAAAAAGAAAAUGAAAAGAAAGCGAACAUAUUUUUAACCCUAGUUGCUUACACCACCACACACACAAACACACCUCGAACCACAUAUUUUAAUGCUUUAUGUAAUUGUGUUGGAGCACGGCGCGCAUAAAAAAAUAACAACAAUUAUUAAUUUAAUAAGGCAGCGGGAGAAAUUGGGGGCCAGGAUUACAAUUUGGUCGAAGGAAAACAUAAAUCGAGUGGGUUGUUGCAGCCUAAAUCAAACAUAGUCGCGGCAUUAAAUUAAAGUAAACAUAAUUAAAAAUGUGUUAAAAUUAAUUACGCGCACACAGACAGGCCGACACACGAAUUCAAGCAAAUAUGUAUGUGUGUGCGUGUACGCAAACAGUCCUUAACCCCACAUCCUCCGGAUGAAGCAUCCCUCUCACAGCAGGACCCGCAUCAUUUUGCAUUGCCUACUUUUGUGCGCAGUUUGGUUUUAGCUUAGCACAGACACACACCUUUACACUACCUUUGCUGGGCGAGUGAAAGUCGUUUCCUAUUCAUCCAGCUUUUGCCCACUAAUAAGUGAUUAGUGUGUGAAAUUAAAAUGGAAUCAAAAGAAAAGAGAAUUUAGAGGGAGAGCAACUUUCACUCACCCGCUCACACUUAGCACUAGUGCCUAUAAACUAUGAUAGAUGAUACUGCUUAGAAAUAACUGCCAGUUAUCGGGCCAAGUGCAGUUGAUUGGCCAACUAGCUCGUCAUGUCCUGCUAAAUAUCAUUUCCUAUAUAGAAUGCAACUGAAAGUUCACGCACUCACACCGAUUUGUGAUCGAUCAGCAAUCGAAAGACAGGUUCCUACACACGCACACUCACACGGUCUCACCAGCACUCGCAGUUCGAAGUAUCUGAAUAUAAAAUAAUCAUAUAAAGUACAGGAACGUCCAGCCCAGCCCAUCCCGGCCUAGUCCAUAAAUUGCUUAAAAGUUCACAUCCUAAUUCAUUAUGACUUUUCGCUUCACUUUCAACAAGCGCUUCAGGAGAGCCAUGUACAAAGCAGCCGCAAAAAUGUUUCAAACUCCCUCCAAACAACUUACUCUUGAAAACACGCCAGUACUAAUCCAUGUUUGUACAUGUUACGUUUAUGGUUUUAUUUCAGUUGCCAGAUGAGGAGUGGCUAGCUGCAAAUUUGUUGUGUUAGUUCUCUGUUGUUUAGGCCAAACGAAAGCGAUAAGGAAACCCAAAGCAAAUCAAGUCAAAUCGAAUCAAACCAAACAAAACCAAACCAAACCGAAACCGAACCGAUAACCAAACAGAAUAUCCAAGUAGCUAAAAAUAUGUAUGUGGUAUGAGAAUGAGUAAAAUAUAGAAAGAUAGAGAGAGCAGAACUCCCCUACACAAGUAAAAUAUAUUGAAAACAAUCAAAGUAUGCCAUCGAAUGAUAUUAAUUGAUAUUAGCUAAUCGAGCAUAGCCGUAAUAAAGUAGAUAUUAUCGCCUAAUCAUAUAAGCCAAUAAACACACUUGCAGCCCAAAAACAGAGACAGUUUCGCAGGACAUAGGACAAGAUAUCCCAGAGGCAAGCAUUAAUCAACUUAUAGACAACACGACACACUCACACGAAGCUAUAGGGAUCGAGAAUACAUAGCAUAACAUGAAUGUGAAACAUAAAAAUAGUCAUAUGGUAAAUACAACUAAAAGUGUAGAGUAUAUUAAUGUAAAGUGGUAAAGUCUAGACUUAGAGUUGGUUGAUAAGUACAUAGAGUAUACAGCAUAUGCAUUAAACAAACAUGCUUAUAUAACAUAUAUAUACAUAUAUAUAUAUAUAUAUACAAGCCGUAUAGAGAACACUCACACUACAGCGCCCACUCACACAGAAACAUGCAUACACUCACACGGUGUUUACAUAUAGAGAAGAAAAACUAGAUGCGAGCAACGUAUGGUAAAUGAUAUUUAUUGUUUAUUGUGUUGUGUGCGUUGGAUGAUAAAUCACAAAUAGAUGUUCAAAAUGAAAACCAAUUAAAACGAUGACAACAAGAACAACAGGCAGAAAUCCCAAGUACUAGAAAUAGCAAUACGCAUACGUAACGUAAUCGCAAUCGCAUCGCAUCGCCAUACGUAUCGGACAAUUAAGCUGCAAAGGACGACAGGACGAAGGGACGAGGCUUGAUUUGCAUUUGACACGCCCCAAUCCCCAGCGAAUUGUAGCGUGGAAUUUGUUAUGUCAUUUUUUAGUGGAAUUUUUGCAACAAACGGAGCAGAGCAUUUAGUUACACACGCGGGUGUGGCCCUAGCACCACUAAAUGUCUAUCGAUAAUACCCACACACGGCUAUACACAAAUACAGAUGUGUAUUCAUAGGAUGCGCUCACUCAGUACGAUAAGAUGGGUCGGGGAUUUUAGCCAAGGAUCUGAGGAUCAGCAGGACACACAGUCCUACGGGGCAAUCGUACUGUAUAUUUAAAUGUUUUUAGCACUAGAAUCUAGAGAAACUACGAGGCGCAUGGCAUGCGACUUAGAUGUAGAUGUGAUUUUAAAGUGGGCGGGAUUGGGCCGGAUUAAUAAUGCAAGCAAAGUGAAGCUGACAAAUGCAUUUUUUGUUGUUAUUUUAUUUUCUAGAAUUUUGUUAAGUAUAACGAAAAUGCGAGAACAAAAAUUUGAAACGUUGUUGACCAAACGAAAAAUAUAAUAAUCUUAAUAACAGUUUUGCAGAAAACAAAAAUUUGGCUAGGAAAACAAAGAAAUUAAAAACAUUUAUAAGUGAACAAGUUUAUAGUUAAGACGAAAAAUACAAAAAAAAAUAUUAUCGGUUUGUUUGUUAAUGUUUGCGCUACAUAUCAGUAAAGAGUUAAAAUGGGUAGUUGGCACGUAGAAAUAGUGAAGAGUUGGAAACUAAAUAAGAAUUAACUGUGGAUGGUAAUAAGCAUAAAACAAGCUGACAAAGACGACGAACUAAAUAAUAUACAAACAUAAAACAAAAGCAUUAAAAUAUAUUAAUAACAGCUGUAACUGUAUGUAUUUAUGUUGUGUAACUAUAAACUGUGCUAAGUCAUUUAUAUACGUCUAUAUAUAUAUAUAUAUGAACAUAUACAAAGUAUUUAUACACAUGGCAGCCCACGUCACAUAUACAGCAGAGAGGUACUAAUCCUGGCAAAAGGAUUUGCCCAUCCAAAAACAGAAACAAAAAGAGAAAGAAAAGCACUACAAGGAUACUGUGUAGCUGCACUAUAUUGCCGCAUGAUUAUUAUUAUUAAUAUUAUUCAUCGACUCAGGUUCUGUUCCGAUCAUAGCCCGUUUCCACCAUUAGUCGAGCAUAAUUCAAUUCCGAGUCCUUCGCUUUGAGUUACUAAUUCGGUUUGGGUUCAAAGCCAACUACACACUGAAACGAUUGCAGUUAUUAACCAUAAACUACAAUUACCAAUUAGUCAAUUCGAAGUGUAAUUAACUGGAGUGCUGAAACAGGAGCAGUUAGCGAAAUUUACCACACGCGAUGCAUAUGGAAGCACAUAGCAUAAAUUAAACUAAACGGGGGGAGAACAAAUUUUAACGAGAUCCAAUUGCAGCAAGGCGAAACCGAAAAUCAAUCAAAUAAAAGUAUUAUCUAAGCUACAAACAAUUAUAUAUAUUUACAUGCAGGCAGACCCUUCAACGUGAAUGGCAGUGCAUACUAUUAUCCCAGUUCUGAGUGUGUGUUUCCGUAAGUUUAAUUACACACCAGCAAGGAUAAGGCAGGAGAAUAUGAUUUGCGGAUACAACCGAAUGCAAAGCACAUAUAUUAUAGUAAACGUACUAGCCACGAGAGCAGUAGUUGGAACCAAAUCAAAAUCAGCAUCUAAACUCAGCAGGCAAACAGGAUAUUUUUGUUCAAUAAAGCAGACGGAAUGAAGGGCAUGUUAUGCAAUUAAAAUUACACUAAGAUUGUAAACAAAUCAAAUGCAAAUGUAGAAAAAAUCAAACGAUGAGCAAACAACCAAAAGCUGCUAACAAAACAAACAUCAAAAGGAGAACAAAAGCUAAAACCGAAAAAGUUUUGAAAGCCAUUCGACACAAGGACAGAACACACUCACAGAUACAGAUACGGAUACAGCUACAGAUACAGAUACAAACGCAAACAUAGAUAUCGAUAUUAUACGAACAAUAUAUAUAUAUAUAUACAUAUAUAUAUACAGACGUAAAAUAUGAUAAGUAAAUAGCAAAUAACUAAAGUAAACAAAGUAUAGAUAUCGACUGCAGUAUUGCAAAUAUUUUGUAGAAAUUUAAGCAUGUUUGAGUGUGUUUUAGGACAAGGAAAACACAAAGGCGUAGGGCAAACAGGAUGAAAAAAUCGAAAACAUUGUAGCGGAAUAUAAGGGCCGAAAACAUAAGCAAACAACCAAAACAACCAAACAAAACAAGAACAAAGCCGAAAAUUGGAAACCUAAUGCAUAAGCUAAGUAUUAAAUAUACACUAAAACAGAAAUAUAUAUACAAUUUAAAUACGGCAUCACCAGUCACACGGACAUACACACAUAAGAACGGCAUUUGCAUAAGAAAACACACAAGUGAAACAACGUAACGAAUAUUAAAAGAGUUAAUCAAAUUAAGCAUAACAAGAAAUUCAAAGGAAAAAUAUUUAUAGUUGAAAACAAAACAAACAAAUAAAAACCCGGACAAUUUGGUUGCGUAUUUGUAUACCAACGCGCCAAAGAAACCCGAAUAACCCGGCAGCGAAAUGCAAGCAAAAUAUUUUACAACAAUGUCAGCGAGGAGCGGAGGUCACCACCUCAUCGCAGCAGAGGUGACCCCGACCAGUGGGGUAAGGUUUUAGAGCUAGACGCUGGAUUGCCAUAAGAGGCGAAAUGCAUAGAGAAAUUAUACUUAGGUGACAGCAAAAAUGAGAAGAAAAAAAAAACAAAAUACAAAAUAACACAGAAACAAGAGUGUAAUAACAGGCGGGAUGGAAAACAAAGAACAACUGCAACAUAGAAAUGAUGAAAAUAAGUAAAUAUACCGAAUAAACAACAAAAAUUAUAUUAUGUAUACAUAAAUAUAUUGAAAGAAAACAAAUAAAAACGAACAAAAAAAUUUUGUAAAAAUAAAA